AUGGAAGCUUAUGACCAGCAAGAAAUCAAAGCUGUCGUUGACUGCUUAAAUGAUGGUUGGUUAGCUCCAGGCCCACGUACAGCAGAGUUCGAGAGAAGGUUAGCCGAAAGAUUCGGAAAAAAGUAUGGUCUCUUUGUCAACAGUGGCUCAUCUGCAAAUAUGUUAGCAGUUAUUUGUUCUGGAAUAGGACCUGGCGUUGAAGUCAUUACUCCAGCUUGCACAUUUUCAACUACCGUUGCUCCUUUGGCCCAACAUGGAGCUAAUGUUAAGUUCUGCGAUGUAGCUCCUCAAUGCUAUGUUCCAUCAGUUGACCAGGUCUUUGCUGAACUCACAGAAAACACAAAAGUUAUUAUGAUUCCAAAUCUCCUUGGAAACAAGAUCGAUUGGAAAGAUCUUAAGGAAAAACUCGUCCAACGUGGUCGCAAUGAUAUUAUCCUUAUUGAAGACUCCUGCGACACUAUUACCUACACAGCCGAAACCGAUAUCUCGACCUGCUCUUUCUACGCCUCCCACAUCAUCACAGCAGGUGGUACAGGUGGUGUUGUAAUGUUUAACGAUAUCGACAUGUACAACAAAGCCCUCAGAAUCAGAGAUUGGGGUCGUGCUGGUAACAACGAUGAAUCAAUCGCAGAGAGAUUUAACCAUGGUAUCCUUGGAGAUAUUCAGUACGAUUGGAAGUUCCUUUACGUCGAAUUCGGUUAUAAUUUCAAGGCAUGCGAAAUGAACGCUGCUUUCGGCUUGGUCCAACUCGACAAGCUCAAGAAGUUCGAAGAUAUGCGUAAAGAACGCUACAACAGAUAUAUUAAGAACCUCACAAGCGAUCCAUACGCGUCGAAAUAUUAUAAGUUCCCAAUUGUUAAGGAUGACAUCCUUCUUCUUGCAUUACCUCUUGAGUGCCCACACAGAAUGGAAGUUCUCACCUAUUUAGAGAAUAAUCAGAUCCAAACAAGAGUUACAAUGGCUGGAAACAUUCUCCGCCACCCAAUCUACACAAAGCACUUCGCUGAGCAAGCUGCAAGAUCAUUCCCAGAAGCUGAUGAAGUUAUGAAGACUGGAUUCCUCGUUGGCUGCCACCAUGGCCUUACAUUAGAAGACGUCGACCGCGUUUCAAAGGUACUCUGUGAUUUCGCAAAGGAGCAUCUUGGAAAGUAA